AUCGCGCACGAUUCCGCCGGCCGACGAUGGUAUAGAAGAAAAAGCCGAGGGCGUGGUAGGUGCAACACAACACACGAACCCAUUGACUCAUCCGAUUCGCGUUGUUUACGUUUCGCUACCGCGAGUAUUAUUCAGACUUCGAACGCGGAAUACAUCCCCGAUAGCAGCGCCAGCGGCGAUCGGCGUGGAGAGAUGAGCGCCAACAAUCCGACGGCGACGACGGCCACGGUGAAGUCGAGGCCGGGCAUCGCGCCCAGCAGCUACCUGUACACAUCGAGCAGCGGGCUGCUGAGCCGCAACAACGCGGACAACAACGGCGUCAACGUCAACAAGCCGACGCCGCCGCCGACGUUGCCCAAGUACACGAGCAGCUUCAACGCGGGAAGCUUGAACAGGGAGAGGGACAAGGACGGCAUCGGCGGCUCCUAUCGGUUGUCCAGCUUGGACAGGCUGGCCAUGAGGCAGAAGUUCUUGGAUCAACAGAAUCCGGGUUUGACCGCCCCCAAUGGCGGUUCGCCUCAAACCAACGGCGACAACCCGCCGACGCCGACCGCCUCCGUGCAAAGCAAGCGAGAGAUGUUCUUCAAUUCCACCGGCUCGCCGACGGGCGAAGGGGCGGCGACGGCGCCGCUCCAACCGGCCGCCAAACCGGCCAAAACCGCCUCUAACGAGACCCGCUGCCUAACCAACGACGCCAACGACGCGACGCCGAAACCCGGCGCCGUCGCGACGGCGCCCAAAGAAUGCCCGCCUCCGAAGCCGAAAGUGAAAGAACUGGACGGGUACGUGGGCUUCGCGAACCUACCGAACCAGGUGUACCGGAAAGCGGUGAAGAAGGGCUUCGAAUUCACGCUGAUGGUGGUCGGCGAAUCGGGCCUGGGCAAAUCGACGCUCAUCAAUUCCAUGUUCCUCACCGACAUCUACUCGCCCGACUAUCCGGGCCCCAGCCAGCGGCUGAAGAAGACCGUCGAAGUCGAAACGACCAAAGUGCUGAUGAAAGAGAACGGCGUCAAUCUGACGUUGACCGUCGUCGAUACGCCGGGCUUCGGCGACGCCGUCGACAACAGCAACUGCUGGGCGCCCAUCAUCGACUACAUCGAGGACAAGUACGAGGACUAUUUGAAUUCGGAGUCGCGCGUCACCAGGAAAUCCAAUCAGGAUCAGCGCGUCCACUGUUGCUUGUACUUCAUCCGCCCGUCGGGGCACGGUCUGAAACCGUUGGACAUCGAAUUCAUGAAGCGGCUGUGCGACAAAGUGAACAUCAUCCCGGUGAUCGCCAAAGCGGACACGCUCACCUCCGAGGAGUGCGCCUUGUCCAAGCGGCAGAUCCUCAACGAGAUCACGCAGAACAAGAUCAAGAUCUACGAGUUCCCCGACACGCAGCUCGAAGAAGAGGACGAGAACAAGCUGAACGCCAUGCUGAAGAACCGCGUGCCGUUCGCCGUGGUCGGCGCCAACGCCGUCGUGGAGGUCGACGGGAAGAAGGUGCGCGGCCGGAAGUAUCCGUGGGGCGUCGCCGAAGUGGAGAAUCUCGAGCAUUGCGAUUUCAUAGCGCUGCGCAACACCAUCAUCCGCACCCAUCUGCAGGACCUCAAGGACGUCACCAACAACGUGCACUACGAGAACUACAGGUGCUGCAAGCUGGCCGGGCUCGGCGCCGACGGCAAGCCGACCAGGCUGUCGAACAAGAACCCGCUGACGCAGAUGGACGAGGAGAAGCGCGAGCACGAGCUGAAGAUGAAGAAAAUGGAGGCGGAGAUGGAGCAGGUGUUCGAGAUGAAGGUGCGAGAGAAGAAGCAGAAGCUGAAGGACAGCGAGGGCGAGCUGCAGCGCCGGCACGAGGCCACCAAGAAGACGUUGGAGGCGCAGGCGAAGGAGCUGGAGGAGAAGCGGCGGAUGUUCGAGGAGGAGAAGGAGCUGUGGGAGCGCGAGAACCAGAUCACCGUGGAGGAUUUGCGCAGGAGAUCGCUGGAGGGCGGCAGAGAGUCGGCCGGCGGCGGCGACGGUAAGAAGGAGAAGAAGAAGAAAGGGUUGUUUUGAGAGGGAUAUGAGUGUGUGUGUAUGUACAUAAUUUGGAAUUGGUUCAAAUUGCGUUCGCGUUCCGAAAAGAUUAUAUUCUUUUUUUCUUUUGUAGCCAUGACUGAUGAUGUAAAGACUUUUUUUUUGGAAAUAUGUAU